UGAAAGUUGUGGUGCCUCUGGCUAAUAUGGAGAGUCUAUGAUUCCGUAUUGGCAGAGAUAUAUAUUAUUAUAUUUUUUCCACAGAGUGCGAUGUAGUUCAACUUCACACCCCAAAGUGAGCUAUUUGUCAAGAUGACAGCGCUUACACCUUUGAACCGUGCUGUACUUGGACUUGCGUGGAGCUGCUUGAGUUUUCUAUCCUGCGCUCAUUGUGGGUUAAGUGACAACCAUGUGCACUCCAGUUUUAUUUACAGGAGGUUGCGCAAUCACGAACGCAGGGAGAUCCAGAGAGAGAUCCUCUCCAUCCUGGGCUUGCCUCACCGUCCGAGGCCCUUCUCUCCCGGGAAGCAGGCAUCCUCCGCCCCGCUGUUCAUGCUCGACCUGUACAACGCCAUGGCCGUGGAGGAAGAUGAGGAGGAGGAGGAGGUGGGAGCGCAGCAGCAGCAGGGCGCAGGGAAGAGCUUCAGUGCCAAGGCUCAAGGGCACUCUAGGAAAGGUUACUACAGCCCCCAGCAUGUUGGGUACUCCCGUGUGGCACAGCCUUACCGAGCGGCCCCUCUGUUAGGCCACAGCCCCGCACUCACCUCAGCGCACGACACCAACUUUCUCAAUGAUGCAGACAUGGUUAUGAGUUUUGUCAAUUUAGUGGAGAAAGAUAAAGAUUUUUCUCACCAACGAAGACACUACAAGGAGUUCCGGUUUGAUCUGACUCAGAUCCCAGAUGGUGAAGCAGUGACUGCAGCAGAGUUUCGCAUCUAUAAGGACCGCAGUCAUGCCCGCUAUGACAAUAUUACUCUGAAGGUCACCAUAUAUCAAGUCAUCAAGGAAUAUCAAAACAAAGAUGCAGAGACGUUCUUGCUCGACUCCAAAAAGGUCCAGGCAUCUGAUGGUGGUUGGCUAGUGUUUGACAUCACGGCCACCAGUAAUCACUGGGUGAUGAACCCGCAGCAGAACUUGGGCCUGCAGCUCUGUGUGGAGACUAUAGAUGGACGAAGUAUCAACAUAAAAUCUGCUGGAAUCGUUGGAAGGAAUGGGGCCCAGUCCAAGCAGCCGUUCCUGGUUGCUUUCUUCAAGGCCAGUGGGGUGUUGCUUCGCUCUGUCAGGGCCGCUGGUGGGAAGAAAAAGAAUCACAAUCGCAAUAAAUCUGCUAAUCAACAAGAAUCAUCUCGUGCACCAAAAAGUGGAGAUUAUAACACAAGUGAACAGAAGCAAGCCUGCAAGAAACACGAACUUUAUGUCAGCUUUCGAGAUUUGGGUUGGCAGGAUUGGAUCAUCGCACCUGAGGGCUAUGCUGCUUUUUACUGUGACGGAGAAUGCUCGUUUCCACUCAAUGCGCACAUGAACGCAACGAAUCAUGCAAUUGUGCAAACCCUGGUCCAUUUAAUGUUUCCUGACAAUGUGCCAAAGCCAUGCUGUGCCCCAACCAAGCUGAACGCAAUAUCAGUUCUUUACUUUGAUGACAGCUCAAACGUUAUCCUUAAGAAAUAUAGAAAUAUGGUAGUUCGGUCUUGUGGCUGCCAUUAGUGGCCUGGCUAACUUUAAUUUAUGCUAUCUGGUAAAGGAAUCGCUGGAAAACACAUCUGCUGCAGGUGUGAUGUGAUGUACAGUAUUAUGUAUAUAAAGCUUUAUUACCUAAUUUAUUUUCUUUUGUUUUUUUUUAAUAGCACUGAAUAUUGUGAUAUUUAAAUGAUUAGGAAAAAUGUCGGUUUUACCUUAUGUCAGCUAUUACUUAACGUUUGUGUCCAUUGGCAUAUACUCCCUCUUAGUUACGUCUGUAUAACUUUUAUGAGUAAACUAUUCACUGGAGUCAUCAUGAUACAUAAGAUUGCUUCCCCCUCUGCUUGUUUUUCCCUUUCCAAUACACUAUAAAAUGUGCUAUAAAUGUUUACUGAACUGUGUAGCAUUAUACUUGGAACUGAGUGUAUUUUUUUCUUCUGUGCUAAUUUUGUGAUUAAUUUGUUCCUGUAAUGGACCAACAAUUAUGAAUUACUGAUAUACAAGAAAUAUAUUCCAAUGUCACUUAUUAAUUUAAUGAAAAAUGUAGGUGAUGCCAUUAGGACUAACAUCACAACUUGAACAGGCUGUUGGAAAUAUUCUAAAUCAAAUUGGAUCACUGGAAGGAAAAAAAAUAUGACUAUUGUCUAAUAUAAACCAAGCUGCCCAAAGCUGUCACCAUCUUUCAGCUCUGAUAUGGUUUCACCUUUUCCACGUCAACUUUUUUUGUUUAGUUGUUUUGUUUGGUUUUUUAUAUAAGAGAGUGUUUUCUCAGAAGGGGAUUAUGUCAGUGUGGAAUUAAAUCCUUACAAUGUUGAGUGUUCACAUAUGAAUGCUUUGCAAAUUAUGUCAUUUCUACACAAUGUUUAUGCAAAUCCCUCCCAUAAACACUGUUUCUCAUUCCUCUGUGGACUUUAUCAUAGCUGCAAACAUCUCUCUCCACACUAAUUCUAGUUUACGUUUGGGGAAAGUAUAUCUUAAUGUAGAGUGUUGUGUAUUUUAAUAAAUGUACCACUUGAAAACUCU